AUGGCCAAAGAGCACCGCAGGAGUGAAAAUAUGGUUGAAAGGUAUGGUAGUGAGACAUUGGAGCUGCGCCUGAGGGAAGAAGAUCUGAAACUCCAGAAGAACACUUCUCCACUCUUUUAUAGCCCAGGCCUCGGGGUUCGUCGCCUCGAGCUCUUCACUUGGGAGGUUGUCUCAACAGCGAGACGUUUUGACAUGACUGGAAGUAAUGGAUCAACCAUGAAUCUCGCCUGA